AUGGCUCCCGAUGCUAAUCGUGCCGGUACCGGCGCCAGCACCAGUGGAACCUCCAAAGACGAAGCAGCGGCAAAGAAGAAGAUCGAGAGCGAAGAUCUGUCAGAUGAGGAUUUGGCUUUGAAGCAACAACUCGAGCUGUAUGUUGAGCGGGUUCAGGAUUCCGAGCCGGGAUUGCAGAAGGUUGCACUAGAGAGCAUGAGACAAGAAAUUCGUACUUCAACUAGCUCCAUGACCUCUGUUCCCAAGCCACUGAAGUUUCUGCGCCCUCAUUAUGGUACUCUUAAGGCAUAUUAUGAAACUAUGGCGGAAUCAGAGUUGAAGAAGUACUUGGCAGACAUAUUAUCAGUUUUGGCCCUUACAAUGUCUGCAGAAGGGGAGCGGGAAAGUCUCAAAUACAGAUUACUAGGUUCAGAGGGAGAUAUUGGUUCAUGGGGACAUGAAUAUGUUAGAAAUUUGGCUGGAGAAAUUGCACAAGAAUAUGCAAAACGACAGAGUGAAGAGGCUCCAAUUGAUGAUCUCAUGGAACUUGUACAACAGAUAGUUGCUUUUCACAUGAAGCAUAAUGCUGAACCAGAAGCUGUUGAUCUUUUGAUGGAGGUUGAAGAUCUAGAUAUGUUGAUCGAGCAUGUUGACAAAACAAAUUUUAGAAGGACUUGCCUGUAUCUCACAAGUUCAGCUAGGUAUCUUCCUGGACCAGAUGAUAUGCUAGUUUUGGACAUUGCAUAUUUAAUCUAUCUAAAGUUUGAAGAAUAUCCAAAUGCACUCCAAAUCGCAUUGUUCCUGGAUAACCUGCAGUAUGUGAGGCAGGUGUUCACCUCUUGUGCUGAUGUGCUACGAAAGAAGCAGUUUUGUUAUAUACUUGCACGCCAUGGAAUUACUUUUGAGCUUGACGAGGAAAUGGUUAAUGAUGACGAAGACCGAGAAGUGUUGCAGGAUAUCAUAAACAAUUCUAAGUUAAGUGAAGGAUAUCUGACUCUUGCUCGUGAUAUUGAAGUCAUGGAGCCCAAGUCCCCUGAAGAUAUAUACAAGGCACAUUUGCUUGAUGGCCGUGCAAGUGCUGGUGCGAGUGUUGACUCAGCUAGACAGAACCUUGCUGCUACUUUUGUUAAUGCAUUUGUUAAUGCUGGGUUUGGUCAGGAUAAGUUAAUGACUGUUGCAUCAGAUUCUUCAAGUAGUGGUUCUUCUGGAAAUUGGCUUUUCAAAAACAAGGAACAUGGGAAAACUAGUGCUGCAGCAAGUCUGGGUAUGAUUUUACUCUGGGAUGUUGACUCUGGACUUGCACAACUUGACAAAUACUUCCAUAGUAAUGAUAACCAUGUCAUUGCUGGUGCAUUACUAGGAGUUGGAAUUGUCAAUUGUAGUAUCAAGAAUGACUGUGAUCCUGCAAUGGCACUCCUUGGUGAUUAUAUAGAUAAAGAAGAUAGUUCGACCAGAAUUGGUGCAAUUAUGGGAUUAGGAAUUGCAUAUGCAGGUUCCCAGAAUGAGCAGUUACGAUACAAGUUGGCACCUAUUCUGAGUGAUCCUAAAGCUUCACUUGAUGUGAUCGCUUUCACGGCAAUUGCAUUGGGCUUGAUCUACGUGGGUUCUUGCAACGAGGAAGUUGCUCAAGCAAUCAUAUUUACGUUGAUGGACCGUAGUGAGUCAGAGUUAGGAGAGCCCCUUACACGACUACUACCACUCGGCCUUGGUCUUCUUUAUCUUGGGAAGCAGGAAAGUGUGGAGGCAACGGCUGAAGUUUCAAAGACUUUUAAUGAAAAAAUUAGAAAGUAUUGUGACAUGACACUACUGUCAUGUGCCUAUGCUGGAACCGGGAAUGUUCUCAAGGUGCAAAAUCUUUUGGGUCAUUGUUCACAGCAUCUUGACAAAGGUGAAAUGCACCAAGGUCCGGCAGUUCUUGGAAUUGCUAUGGUAGCAAUGGCUGAAGAAUUAGGUGUUGAGAUGGCUAUUCGAUCGUUAGAACACCUUCUACAGUAUGGAGAGCAGAAUAUUCGCCGAGCAGUUCCUCUGGCACUUGGUCUGUUGUGCAUAUCAAAUCCAAAGGUCAAUGUUAUGGAUACCUUGAGCAGACUUAGCCAUGAUACUGAUUCAGAAGUAGCAAUGGCAGCUGUUAUCUCCUUGGGUUUAAUAGGCGCUGGAACAAACAAUGCUCGAAUUGCUGGCAUGCUACGCAAUCUUUCAAGCUAUUACUACAAGGAUACCAGCCUUCUAUUUUGUGUGCGAAUUGCCCAAGGUCUUGUACAUUUGGGAAAGGGACUUCUUACACUUAAUCCUUAUCAUUCUGACCGGGCUUUACUGUCACCGACAGCACUUGCCGGCCUAAUUACUAUGUUGCAUGCUUGCCUCGAUAUGAAAGCUAUUGUGUUGGGAAAAUAUCACUAUGUUCUCUACUUCCUCGUUUUGGCAAUGCAGCCGAGGAUGUUGUUGACUGUGGAUGAGAACUUAAAACCUCUAUCAGUGCCUGUUCGGGUUGGUCAAGCAGUGGACGUAGUUGGACAGGCAGGUCGUCCUAAAACAAUCACUGGAUUUCAGACCCAUUCCACCCCUGUUCUAUUGGCUGCUGGGGAUAGGGCAGAGCUAGCCACAGAAAAAUAUAUUCCUCUAUCGCCAAUUCUUGAAGGGUUUGUAAUAUUGAAGGACAAUCCAGAUUAUAGGGAAGAGUGA